CGGGAGGCCGCCCCACUGCGGAACGCGGCGGGGAAGGGAGGGCGGGCUGGAGCUGGCGCCCCGGGCCGGAAGCGCGCGGGUCGCGCAGGGGCGGCCGCGGACAUGUGCAAGAUGUCCUUCAAGGAUGAAAGUGAUGAUACUUGAUUUGCCUCUGUUGAGAGGUCUUAAUAAAAAUAAUAGUUAAAAUAUACUGAUGUGCCUGAUUCUGAGCCAGAGGCACCUGGGCGCAUCUUCUGAAUCCUGAGGAAGACCCUUGAAAUGAAUUCCAGGGAGGCAGAACAGUGUGAUGGCUAACAGGGCAGCCCCAACACCAGGCUGCCUAGGCCCGAAGCCUGCCUGUCAUCUCUCCCUUAGCUGUGCAGCGGGCUGGUACCGGCACCCACUUCACUGAGCCACCGUGAGGAUUCAGCGAGAGAGCAUGUGCGGAGGACAUACGGAGCGGGCAUUGUUUCGUGAUUUAUGACACAAGGCAGGCCUGCCUGGCCGUUGCUUCAGCCAGUUACUGACAGCUGUAACAGUGGAGCCAGCCUGGAACAAGAGCCGCAAACACCGGGUGUGAAUGUCACCAUGGCAGUUCGGCGUGAACGUCACCAUGGCAGUUCGGCGUGAAAAUUCCCGGGGCCAUCACAUUUAGGCUGUCAGAGGGAAAAGCAAAUUGUUCGUCUGGAAUUUGAGAAGGAAACUCCACUUGCCAACGCCGCAUUCUGGGCAGCAAGGAGAGGAAACCUGGCUCUGCUCAGGCUGUUGUUGAACAGCGGUCGGGUGGAUGUGGACUGCAGGGACAGUGUACGGAUGGAUUCAUUUGGUAUAUGCAUGCCAAGGACACGCCGUUUCCCCUGCUGGCACGAGAGCAGCUCAUGAAUACAUUUCCCUUUGCGAUGCUUAUCUACUUUUUCAUGUUUGCCUGCUUUAUCCCUUGUAAAAGUCCAAGGUACCCUGCAUGGCACCACGCUCCUCAUGGUGGCCUCCUAUGCAGGCCACAUAGACUGUGUGAGGGAACUGGUUCUGCAAGGAGCAGACAUCAAUCUCCAGAGAGAGUCAGGUACAACUGCCCUGUUCUUUGCUGCCCAGCAAGGACAUAAUGAUGUCGUGAGAUUUCUCUUUGAAUUUGGAGCAUCUACUGAAUGUAGGACCAAAGAUGGGGGCACUGCCCUGUUGGCCGCCAGUCAGUAUGGGCACAUGCAGGUGGUUGAGACCCUGCUGAAGCACGGAGCCAAUAUCCACGACCAACUUUACGAUGGAGCCACUGCACUCUUCCUAGCUGCCCAGGGUGGUUACUUGGAUGUUAUUCGAUUACUGUUGUCUUCAGGAGCAAAAGUCAACCAGCCAAGGCAGGACGGGACGGCGCCGCUGUGGAUCGCAUCGCAGAUGGGCCAUAGCGAGGUGGUGAGGGUGAUGCUGCUGCGCGGAGCCGACCGGGACGCCGCCCGCAACGAUGGUACCACAGCAUUGCUAAAAGCAGCCAACAAAGGGUAUAACGAUGUUAUAAAGGAGUUGCUAAAAUUCUCACCCACCCUUGGCAUUCUGAAGAAUGGGACAUCGGCCCUUCAUGCUGCGGUGCUCAGUGGGAAUAUUAAAACAGUUGCACUGCUCCUGGAAGCCGGAGCAGACCCAGCCCUGAGAAACAAGGCCAAUGAACUUCCGGCAGAACUAACCAAAAACGAACGUAUCCUGCGUCUCCUCCGAAGUAAAGAAGGACACAGGAAGAGCUAACUUAGUUCCAUAUUUGACUGAAAGAUAGAAACCCUAAUCACAUUGUCCGAAAAGAAGUCGCUUUUCAAAUAGUGUUGGAAAUUCCAUUAAGAAAGGAAAUGCUCAGAAUGCCCGCCCUGGGUCCCUGACCAAGGAGAGCUGGGCUCUGUGCCCUGAGUCAAGAACAGAAAGGCUCAGGGACCCCUUGCCCUCACUUAUGUGGGCUUCUCACACUGGCCUGCGCCCCCACUGCUGUGGGGCCUGGCAGAUUCGUGGAUUCCACAGAAACUCGUUUUACACUACGCUAAGUUGGGUCUCUCAGUUAAACUCUAAGACUUAAACCCUUGACAAGGUUUAAGCAAGAUGACAAAAGCCUUUAAAAUACUGAAAGUCUGAUCUUCAGUGAAUCAAAGCACUUUUACUUUUGCAUUAAAUGUCAGUGUGCAAAAAGACACAGCUCCCUCAUGUUUUACACAUACAUGUAUGUCAUGCCAGCGUAAAAUGUUUUCUUCUCCCCAAAGGUCGUAGCCACGUUUAUUCUGAAUCAAUGAAGUGUAAAUUCACAUUAAAAAGCCACUUCUGACAUUCCACCAUGUGAUUUUCAAAGGUGGACUGUUGAACUAUAAAGAAGACAAAUUGUUGAUUUGUGAGUUGAUCCUCGUCUUAUUACAAACACGUAAAAAAUCAUUUUUACCAAGAAUCAAUAUUGAGGUACGGUGGGAAGCAAGUGGCAAUUUGGGAAACGCAGAAAAUUACAAGCCAUGGGAAAUUGAGGCUUGUCUCUUUGAGCUUUUAUUUUGGUUCUCUUGUUGGGAAUCCGCUUCCCAUGCCAUAACUAAGUAGACUUCCUAUGCUGUGCAAUCCUGAGCUCCCAGCACCACAUUGCUUGACACAAUGACUUUGAGGUCCUUGGAUGAAAUGUGAUAUAUGCAAGUACAAUACGUUUCUAUUAUAUUGCAGGAGUAUAAGUAAUAAAAGACUGUUAUUAGUAUUUAAUAGGUGUUCAUCUAUGCAUGUUCUUGAGCUGAUUGAUUCCAAGAAAGAGACCUGAAUUUUAUUGAAUUAUUCCUUGGAGGGGAAUCAAAAUUUAUGUACAGUGCACUUUAUAAUCAAUGGUGUCUAAAUGCCUCAGUCAGUGCCUAAUUGCACACGCUAAAAUUAAACCGUCUUUCCAUAAUAAACCGUCUUUACCAUAAUAAACACUGAUGGCAUUUCUGGUAUUUAAAUACAUCUUUAGUUUUCUUUUCAUUUUCUGCUCUGGUUUCCAGGCAAUGUUCUGGAUGUUAAAGACAUGUUAACGUGAAAGAAAAUGUAAUCCCCACCGUUUUUUUUAACCAACUUGCAGUGGUCCUGAAAGCAUUAUCCUUAAGCCAGUAAAUGAUCAAAUAUAAUUUUUGAAAUUAGAAGAUACUCUCUUAAGGUUUGUUAUGAUUGAUAAAAUAAUCAAUCAACAGAAAUCAGCUUAUUUUAAUCAAUAUCACAAACAAAGGCUGUAAUGAGUCACCCACAGAGUCCCCAGGGAUGCCUAUAGCCUGACUAGCUAUGCAACAACUCAACAAUCUAAUUUCGGGAUAAAAAUUUAGAAAGAUCUGUCUGUAUUGCUAAAACACCCAGAUGUAAACCCUUUAGUAACUAUAAAGCAGUGCCAAUUUCCUCACUUACUUAGCAAAGUACUAAGUACAAAUGCACACUUUCCCCAAUGGGAAUUUCGGAAAGCUAUGUUCAUUUUGAAGAGGAAAAUAGUGUGGCCUUAAAUGCUUUAUAUUUUUCCCCUUUUGUUAGCCCUUGGGCCAAAACUGAUUGCUGAUCACUGACAUAAAUCAAAACAGUAUUGUGGGUACUGAUAACAAAGUUCCAAAAGACAAAAUGGGAUGAAAUCAUGAACUUCAUGUUUUCACUAAGAUAUGUUGUCCUUGGUCUAUGUGUUGAAUUGUUUCAAGUGGAUAAUGUUCUUGAUCAACAUUAGAGCUAUAAGAAUGAAUCCAGUAGCUUUAACAAUAUUUAAUGGAUUAAAUAUUUAACAAUAUUUAAUGGAUUAAAUAUUUAACAAUAUUUAAUCUCUUGCUAUAGGUAAGAGAUCUCUAGCCUAGAAGGAUCAGGUUUGGUCUGGAUGAGAUUAUGACAUUAUCCAUAACAGAGAAGAUGAUUGUAUUAACCAUGCACCAAAAACUAAAGUCUGUUAUUUGAAGUAAAAUUGCAUUUAUUUUGCACACAGGUAGAUGGUUCUUUUUUUUUUUUUGAUGAUGAUUCUUAUUUUAUGUUCAUCUAAUUCACAGUUCAAUGAGCUCUGCAUCCUAAGACAGAACUAGCAAUUCCUAUGCAAAUCAUUUGUUAAGUGAGCCACAAAAGUGUUCAUUACCUCCAUUUGUUUGAUGACAUAUUCCAUGUUAUAAUUCAAAAUAAACUUAAUGUACUACCCAA